AUGCCCAUCCCUCCCCCUCCUCCUCCCCCAGGGGGGCCUCCGCCUCCUCCCACCUUCAGCCAGGCCAACACCACCCCUCCAAAGCUGAGCCGACAGGAGGCCAAAGGUCGCGGCGCUCUGCUGUCGGACAUCUGUAAAGGCACCAAGCUGAAGAAGGUGGCGGUGGUGAACGACCGCAGCGCCCCGCUGCUCGACAGUAAGACUCAAACACCAAAGAGCCAGACACCUCCCACAGAGCACCCAUACAUUCGUUUAUACCAGUACCUACACCAGAACCAGAACCAGCCCAAACAGCAGGGGGUGCUGUCCGAGGAACCAAAGAAGACGGCUGGACAUCAGAGCUCAGCUCCUUCCCUUCAGAAGCCCAAAGGAGGCGGAGCAUCUACAGGGGCGAAUGGCAGCGCAGCAGGAAGUCUGUCGGGUUCUGCUCCACCAAUCGGAGGCCAGUUCAUGGGCGGAGUUCCUAAAAUGAGGCCGGUUGGAGACGGCUCCUCGGGACGUUCUUCUACUCGUGGUGCUGCGCCCCGCCCACCAAGCCAUCGCCACGACGACACAGAAUGCCCCUCCCCCCAUGCGUUGUUGGCAGUGGACACGUCUCGCUCGCAGCGUCCUUCACUACCCAACCUGUCAUCCUCUCCUUCCCCCUCCACCCCCUCCUCAGCUGCCUCCUCCCCCUCCACUGGCAUGAAGCACUCCUCCUCAGCCCCACCUCCUCCUCCUCCUCCUUUCUGUCGCCGUGGUAAUGCCCCCUCCCCUCCCUGCUCCUCCUACAACAGAGAAAAGCCCCUCCCACCAACUCCUAACAAUACUCCGCCCCUCCCAUCUAAACCACCCCUGUCUCCUAGUAACAACAGACGCCCUCCCACCUCUGGGGGAAACCCCGCCCCCUCCUCUUCCUCUCUAGCUCCGCCUCCUCCAACAUACUGCUUUAACAGUCUGUCAGGUGGUAGCGAGGCAGCACCGGAACUGCCGCAGCGACACAACUCCCUGAGCAACAAGAGACCUGCCCCCUCACCUGGAGGCCACACCCCCACCAGAGGCCCUGCCCCUCCACCUCCCCCCGCAUCACCCACACCAUCCCAGCACGGCCUCAACAGGCCGCCACCCCCCGUCAGAGAGGCUUCAAGUAGAGGAGCAGCUCCUCUUGCUCCUGUUCAGCCAUCAUCACGGGCAGGUGGCAGAGAAGCUCCGCCACCUCCUCCUUACAGGACACAUGGUAGCCCCUCCCUCUCCUCCGACCCCCCCAGCAGAGGAAAACCUCCUGCCCCUCCCUCCCGCACUCCUGCUGCUCCUCCCCCACCUCCCCCUCCUCUCCGAAAUGGUCUCUCCUCCUCCGUCCCUCGCUCGUUUGUUGACGACUUCGAGUCCAAAUAUUCGUUCCAUCCUCUGGACGACUUCCCUCCUCCAGACGAGUACCGACACGUCACCAAGAUCUACCCGAGCAAAGCCAGCCGAGUGAUGAGAGGAGCUCCGCCCCUUCCUCCUGUCGGGAGAUGAACCACGGACGCUGUUCACACACACACACACACGUGCGCGCUUCAUGCUGUUCGUCUGCCGCCGCCUCAUCUGUGCUCACAGCUGAUUGGCUGACCAGACGUUUGACUGAUCGACCAAUCAGAGAGAGAGAGUUGGGUUCGACGGCGUGGCUCCGCCUCCUCCUCCAUAUUGGAUUUCUUUCUGCACCGGCACUUUUUGUUUCAUCAAACUGCAGCUCAGAGGAAGACGAGGACGUCUGCGAGGCUCCAAGAUUAAAAUUCUCAUCUGGACAAAACGUAAAACAACAAAUGAGGCGUGAGGAUUUAAUUAAAACAAAAAGUUCUGACAAACUGAUCCCAUGACUCUGGGACAAAAACGUUUCUCCAUUUAUCGAACGUCAUUCUCACACACCGAGACACAUCCAGAACCAGGA